AUGCAACAUGGAAUCGGGAAUGCUUUGUUAAUGACAGCUGCUGCAUCUUCUGCUACAAAUGGUGUUCUUCAAUCAAAUUAUUCUAGUCAAGGUCCAUUACUUAAUCAAUUGUUCAGUCAAUUACCGCAAGUUCAUACAAUCAAUAUCAAUGGUCAACAAGCUUUAUUUAUUCCUACCCCAAAUGCUACUCAACUAACUCAGCUUAUAGGGUUACAACAAGCUGUAGCGGCUGCAGCUGCCUCUGUUAAUUCAACAAAUAGUUCGCUAAAUGUUCCACGAACUAUUGCUCUUCCAGCUCGAUUUAUACCUACAGCAGGAACAAUAAAUUCUAGUACAUCAGCUUCAAUUCAAAUUCCGAUAAAUACUCGAAUAAUUUCAAAUCCGGCAUCAAUUAAUCUAACAUCGAAUCCAUUCACUCAACUUAACACAACAUCGACAAAUAUUGAUAAUCAAACCAUUCAAUUGAAUAUUCCUACACAAUCUCCCACACUUCAGCUUCAUUGUCAACCUUCAACAAAUGGAUCACUCUCCUUUUCAUUCACUAAUAAUGCAUCUGGACAGCAACAACAACAACAACAACAACAACAACAAUCACAAUCACGUAAUAUGAACGUGAUUUUAUUGAAUGGUACAAAUGUAACUACUCAACCAAUUAUUGCUGCUACAAAUUUACUUAAUCAUGAAACGCAAGAUUUUCAACAAAUGACAACAGCAGCUCAAUUACAAUUUCCUGUUAACCAAUUAGCUACGCAACUUUUACAAGCAUUACUUGAGGGAGGUGGUGGCACACAAAUAAAUCCUUCACAACAACAACAACAACAACAACAGACAGUUACUACUACAUCACUUCCCCCUUCAACAACUAUGGAAUGUGAGAGUACGAAUUAUAAUAGCUCAAAAAUUGAAUGUGAUACGAAUAAAUCCGUAAUCAAUACAGAAAAUAAUAAUACACUUCUUCUUGACGCAGCUAAAAAAUGGCUUACUCUUGGUAUUAAUAUCACCAACGAUCAACGCGAAUCAACAACACCUAAUGAUACCAAUAAAAGGGUCAUCAAACGCUCGAGAAAAUCAUGUGAAUGUCCAAAUUGUAUAUUUUUUAAAAGUAAUGUAAAUAACCCAAGUGCAAUAACCAAUAGUCUCAAACGAACACAUCGUUGUCAUUAUUCUGAUUGUGGAAAAGAAUAUCUGAAAACUUCGCAUUUACGAGCUCAUCUAAGAGUUAAAAAUAGUUUAAGUACCAAUCAAAAGUUACAACCAUGCUCAGAAUUGUUCGUACAAUACACGGACUCAGUGUUAAUGUUAUAA